CUAAACUGACGAUCUCCCGCGACGGGCUGGCCUGGUUGCCAUCGAAUCGCAGCGCGUAUACCCGCAAAUAUAGACUCAAUUGCAGACGUCACACUAACACGUGGGUGGAACCAGUAUCCAAUAAAUUUAUUGGCGAUUUUCCUCACGCUUCGACACUGGCCUCGGCGUAUUGGGCCACCUUUCUUGUUCGAUUUCUCAGCCAUCGUCCAUCUCGACAAUCUGUACAACAAGCGCUCACAGACCGCCCGUGCGAAGGCUACGCAGCGGGCACAACAUGCCGGACAGCCUCGCAGCACUCGAAUAUGCGCAACGCGACAUCGACACUAGCACUAAUGGACUAUGGUGGACCACCAGUGAUGGCUCAACCUUACUUCCCACACAAUCUCAAACACAUGGCGCUACCUCGUCUUCUCAUUUGUCUUCGCGCUCAUCGACGGAUGCCGGCACAGAUUCACAACCGUCGACUUCGUCAGGAUUAACCACCGACUCCCAGAUACCCGGCUCAGGCUCAGGCUCGAGCUCCGGCGCAGGUACUAUACCUGCGACAUCCACGUCCUUCAUUACUGGACUUUCUGGUUCUUCUUCGUUUAUUUCUACCACCAUUAUAACAUCUAUACCCUCUACUAUUACGUCUCCGUCUACUACAAUUACGACUAACGUUCCUACGACUAUAACGACUUCCACGGGAAUCCUCGUUUCGCAGACUGCCGUUGGAGAUGCGGGGUCUGCUGUAGUAGCAGGUCAGCCUGUCUGUAUUGGAGAUGGCGUGGACAUACAGGCCGUCGGGCUGCUCUCAACUCUUGUAUUACCAAGUGUAAUAGGAUUAAUUAUUUGGCUUAUUUUUGCGCUUCUACGACCGCAUUUCCGACAGGUGUAUGCCGUCCGAGAGUGGUUUCCCCCGCAAGAGCUUCGAUCACAGCCCUUGAGAGAUACUCUCUGGGCAUUUUUGUUUCCACAUGUACCCUUUGUACCUUCUAUUCCAGAUAAAUCCGAGCUUUCCAAAGCAGGCGCUGGUGCAGAAUUACCAUCUGACGGCCAGCUUAGCCAGCGUGUACUAUGGAUAUGUUUUCUUAUUGCCCUUGGGUGGUCUCUUCUUGGUCUGUUGGGUGCACUUCCGCUAUAUCUCGUGACUACUCCGUGUUUGGAACAAUCAUUUCCUCAAACACCAUUUGGUGGACUAUAUUCCACGCUCCAGGACCUUAGUGUCCUUCGUUUGUUACAGCUUCUCGAGAAUAAUGACAUCUCUACCUCAAGUAGAGCUGUGUCUAGGGCGCUCGUAAACGGCGUCGACGUUAAUCCGAACAUCAGGACCCGUCUAAUUAUCCUGACUGUUUUCGUGCUGGUUCUUGCCAUGCUUCCGGCGUUGAUAAAACUCAUGAAGGAGUUUACGAAGCUUGCCAAUUAUCGGAGGCACUGGCUUGAUGUCCGCUGCGAGGGCUUAGAGAUGGGUUGGCUUAGUGCUCAGAAGGCACCGGGUUUCGUCGGUUGGGGCGAAAAGCGUAUAAAGGAUUUUAUCACGAAGGAAGGCCUCAGCUCUUCACUCGAUAAAAACGGUGGAGGAAUAAGCGCGAGCGGAAACAUGGUCGGAAUCGGUUCGGGGUAUCGAGCUCGAACUACCAGCCAGAGGAACCGGGAACGCAACGACAGACCUUCGAACGAUGACGAGAAGCAGGAACUCGAGGUUGACAUCCGUAGUUUGUUUUCUGUUGGGGACACCGGUAUACUUCCGUCAUUGAUUCAAGAGCGCGACCGAAUUCUUGAUCAGCUUGAGAUGGCCGAAGCCCGUUAUAUCGCGUCCUUCAAGCUCAUGACCCCUGAUCCAUCGUCGGCAGAACUACCACUACCUCCAGAUGACGAAAAUAACACGAAGUUACGUAUUAGCAGACCGAAGGCCCUUGCAGGUUAUCAGCGGUCACGUAGUCGUCGAGGACGCCGGAAGGCUAGUGGAUCUUCUACCGCUCCGACGUCAUUCGUUGCCCCUUCUCAAUACUACAAACUUCGCAAUAUCCGCGGAAUCAGUGGAGGACGCAUCUACUCUCAGUCAGGAGAUGACAGCUUUACCGAAGGACCCUCGUUCGGUGAUAGUGUCCGUUCACGUAUCGUCGGUAGUCGGUUCCAAGAAUUCAGCAGUGAACAUGGCGGAGAACCUUUGCCUAUUGGUAGUCGUGUCACUCUGAACCAGGGUGAACUCGAACCCAUGACCCAAGAGCAAGUGGAUGCGUACGGACCGAGACAUGGAAUGGAUCCAUCGUCGGGGAACGAAGCAGACGUUGAAACUGUCCCUUUAACCGAUUCAGCAGGCCCCGAGACGUCGCGUGGGGUGUCAAGAGCAGACAAUGGCUCUCCUUCCACAGUCCUUGUCGAUUCCGUGAUGCACUACGACUCUUCCCCAGGACCUGACUCGGGUGCCGAAGAUGUCACUCCCUCAAGGGCUCGCCAUGUGCCACCAAAAUAUCCCGUAGAACGGCGAGAGACAUUUGCAAUGCGAACUCCAGGUAAUGAGGUGCAAAAUGAAGGACAAGUGCCGCUUCACCUACGUCUACAAUCUCAAGGACCUUUUGUCCGUCCACUCUCUGGCCUGGAUCACGAUUUCCUCGGCGCGGUUUACUCGGAUGUUCGUGAGUUGCGCACGAGGUUGAAGCAGAUCAAUGCCGAGAUCUCUGAAGUUCAAAACGACUGUUACAACGACAUCGCUGACGGCGCACGAAUCAAAGGAUGGUUGAUCACUGGCCGUGGGGUGCGGUUUUUGCCGGGUAUUGAGCUUAUUGAAGGACGUUCAAAAGACGACAUCUUAUGGGACGAACUACAACACGAGGGCCGGACAGAGAAGAGGAUUUCAUUUUGGUCAUUCGUGGUGAUGGUGACUGUUUUGUUAGGAGCGGGAUUGGUUGGUGUGGCCGGUCUCGCCGUUUCUACAGCGCCCAAUGUCGCGCAUUAUCUUCCUUUCUUCGGCCCCUUUAUUAAUGCUAGCGAGAAGAUAGGCCCAGGUAUCGCGAUUACGCUCGUUCCAGCGAUCCUCGCAACCUUGUUCUUUUUCACAGCAAUUAAAGCAGUUAAACGUGCUUCGCAGUACAGCGGUGAUAUUUCCGUAACAUCCGCAAGACUGACAACCUACAAAGCGACCUUCUUCAUUCUGUGCGUGAUCGGAGUUAUGUGGCUUACUGCAGUUGGUGCGGUCGUUUUUGCUAUGCGGGCCUUCGCGACUUCGUCCGCACGUCCGAGCAGCGUUGCGAGCGGAUCUAUUUAUAUGAGCGCCUUCUUCCUUGCUCUGGUCGUCAACUUCGCUAUAGUUGCACCUGGACUUCUGCUUCUUCAACCUUUCAGGUUGAAAAAUGUCCUCUGGAGAGAACGGCAAGCCAUUACUCCUCGCCAGAGGUUCCGAGCUCUUUAUCCAAGACCGUAUGAUCCGACAUACGCAACAGCGUGCUGUAUCCUUGCGAUCAUCCUCGCCUCGACAUUCGCACUCAUCUUCCCCUUCAUCGGCCCAGCUGUAGUGCUGUUGCUACUGCUAACGAUCGUCGCACACCGCUUCUUGGUCGGAUACGUAUAUGGUCGCACAGAUGCCCAGACCGGAGGACUUCUUCAGAUCUGGUUAUUAAAGCGAUUUGCGUCUAUCACGUCAUUCCAACCGAUUCUCCUCGGUCUCAUAUUUUUGACGAGGCGGUUGUUUGUAGAAGGUGGAAUUUUAAUUGGUGUUGGUGUAGCAGCUAUGGCGACGGUUGAAGUUUAUGCUUAUUGGAAGACGAGACUGCCGGGCAGGAAGUCGUUGACUGAUAAAACGCUGAAUUCGCUUGAACGCUUCGCGGGACAAGCGAGACCUGCUGGGAAGCAGAGCGUUUCGGAAACUGAAGGCAGUAAUGCUCUUGUCAAUGCUCCGCGAAUGCGGAGCCGAGGAUCUUUGGCUUCCGUGCUUGAGAUGAUGUCUUUGACUUUGGCAGUAAUGCCUACACCACAUCAAGCCCGCGGUGCUGUUCCGAUCGCAGAAACGGAAUCACUUGAUGACCUAACCGCAACCGACCGUGCAGCUCGCACGCACCCAGACGCCCCACCUCACCUCCCUCCACUUCCCUUCGCAGACCACGCCGAAGAGAUGGCAGGGAUUCUCUACGCCUCCGAGUUAAUCGCUCCCGCACCGACAAUAUGGCUGCCAAAUGACUCCGCAGGCAUUGCUCGCUCGGAAGCAUACGACCUAUCACGAUACCACGGCUUACGGACCACUAUAGACGUUCGAUCUCAUGACGAUGUUGUUAAUCCCCGACGACGAUCUUCUUCUCGACACCGAGCUGCGACUUGA